CUUGUAAACACCAUUGCCGUGCAACAUGGCCGCGCCCUCGUUACCAUUCGUGCAAUCCGGUGUCCGUUGUUCCGAGUCAUUCCGUCGUUUGUGAUGGUCGAUUGUUCGGUGUCCGGUCGGACGAGCGAGGAGGUGCGACUGACGGAGUGAAGCGCGAGACAGCCCGGCCAUUGUUGUCGCGUCCGAAGCGGCGAGAGAAGUUGCCGCGGCGCGACAAUCCGUCCGUCCGUCGAUGGACGCGGCGCACCGCGAUACAUCACUCGGCGCAACUGGUAUCCUGUGUCUCGGGCUAGCGCGUCGUCGCGCAUCGGUCGACGACGACGACGUCGUCGUCGAGUACAAUGGCGAACACCGGGGUCCUGCCGUUCGUGCGAGGCGUGGACUUCAGCAGCAACGACUUCGGCGAUGGCAAGUUUCCUGAAUCCGUGCGUCUUAUGACUGGGAUACAAUGGCUGAAAUUGGACAAGACAAAUUUGACCGAGAUUCCCGAGGAGAUGGGCAAGUUGUUGAAAUUGGAACAUCUGUCUCUUGUAAAAAACAAACUAGAAAGGCUGUACGGAGAAUUGACAGAAUUGGGAUGUCUCAGAACGUUAAACAUAAGGCAUAACAAUAUUAAGUCCAGUGGUAUUCCGGCAGAAUUGUUUCACUUAGAGGAAUUGACAACUUUAGAUUUAAGUCACAACAAUUUGAAGGAAGUACCUGAAGGCCUAGAGAGAGCACGUUCCUUGCUCAACCUUAACUUAAGCCAUAAUCAUAUUGAGACUAUACCAAAUACACUGUUCAUCCACUUGACAGACUUAUUGUUCUUGGAUCUUAGUAACAAUAAGUUGGAAACCGUGCCACCACAGACCCGUCGUUUGGCCAACUUACAGACUUUAAAUUUGAAUCACAAUCCCUUAGGCCACUUUCAGUUAAGACAAUUGCCAUCACUGAUGAAUCUGACUGCGCUGCAGAUGCGGGACACGCAACGAACGUUGAAUAAUAUACCUUCUAGUCUGGAAACCUUAACCAAUUUACAGGAACUCGAUUUAUCGCAGAACAAUUUGCCCCGAGUGCCUGACGCGCUUUAUUCCCUGUCGAACUUACGUCGUUUGAAUCUUAGCGACAAUCAGAUAACGGAACUAUCAAUGGCGAUCGAGCUAUGGACGAAAUUGGAGACUCUGAACGUGUCUCGAAAUAAAUUAAGUGCAAUACCAGCUUCUCUGUGCAAGAUUUCUACUUUAAGGAGAUUAUAUUUAAAUGAUAACGAAUUAGAUUUCGAGGGCAUACCUUCUGGGAUUGGAAAGUUAUCGUCGCUGCAGGUAUUCUCCGCUGCCAAUAAUCAUUUAGAAAUGAUACCAGAAGGGCUGUGCAGGUGCGGUGCGUUGAAACAAUUAAUAUUGACGUCGAAUCGUCUGAUCACUGUACCCGACGCCAUUCAUCUCCUCACCGACCUGGAACAGUUGGACUUGAGGGACAAUCCGAAUCUAGUGAUGCCGCCGAAACCGUUGGAAGUACAAAGAGGAUCGGGCAUCGAGUUCUACAACAUCGAUUUCUCGUUGCAGCAUCAGCUUCGUCUGGCCGGUGCUAAUGUGCCAGUUCCCGUUCAAGCCGCCAAUAGCAAAGAUCCGAUCGCGCGUAAAAUGCGUCUCCGGAGAAGGAGAGAUCAGGAGGAGGCUGAUCAGGACCAGGCUAAGAUACUUAAGGGAAUGAAGGACAUAGCGAAAGAGAAGAACAAGGAUAAAGAAUGCGAAGAGUCGAAAGCGGAAUCGUUGAAGCCCAAGCGAUGGGACGAGGCCUUGGAGAAACCACCGCUGGAUUACUCGGAGUUCUUCGACGAAGACGCCGGCCAAAUACCCGGGCUGUCGAUCUGGGAGAUCGAGAAUUUCCUGCCGAACGAGAUCGAGGAGGUGGCACACGGCAAAUUUUACGAGGGCGAUUGCUACAUCAUCCUCAAAACCGGGAUAGACGAGGGUGGAUCGUUGACCUGGGCGAUCUAUUUCUGGAUCGGAGAAAAGGCGACGUUGGACAAAAGAGCGUGUGCCGCGAUCCACGCAGUAAACCUGAGGAACUAUCUGGGCGCGCAGUGUCGGACGAUCAGAGAGGAGCAGGGAGACGAGUCGGACGAGUUUCUGAUGCUAUUCGACUCGGGCAUCACUUACAUCGAAGGCGGCCGCACGUCGUCCGGCUUCUACACGGUGGAGGACACACCGGCGAUUACUCGUUUGUACAGAGUGCACGCAGCGGGAGCCUCCAUACACCUGGAACCGGUUCCGAUCGGCUUCGAGUCUUUGGAUCCCGAUUAUGUGUUCGUUCUGGACACGGGUAACACGAUAUUCAUGUGGUACGGGAAGAAAGCGAAGAGCACGUUGAAGUCGAAGGCGCGAUUGAUGGCGGAGAAGAUCAACAAGAACGAACGGAAGAACAAGGCCGAGAUCAUAACGGAAGUCAUGAAUGCGGAGUCCGAGGAUUUCCUCCUCCGCUUAGGUCUGGAGGAGGACGAACAAAAAGAUCGGCACAUUGUCGAACACGUGGAUCCAAAUUUCAUGCCUCUUGUGCCCAGAUUGUACCAAGUUCAGCUCGGGAUGGGCUACUUGGAACUACCCCAAGUUGAGGUUCCUCACAGCAAGUUAACAAAUACUUUGCUAAACAACCGCAACGUGUAUAUAUUAGAUUGCUAUCUGGAUGUGUAUGUUUGGUUUGGCAAGAAGUCAACGAGACUGGUGCGCGCCGCUGCUGUGAAACUGUCUCAAGAAUUAUUCAACAUGAUAGAAAGGCCGGAAUACGCGAUGAUAACGCGAUUGCAAGAAGGCACAGAGUCUCAGAUCUUCAAAUCGAAAUUCACCGGAUGGGACGAAGUGAUCGCCGUAGACUUCACCAGAACGGCCGAGUCGGUCGCUAAGACCGGGGCGGAUCUUACCAAGUGGGCUAAGCAACAGGAAGCGAAGGCUGACCUGGCCGCUUUAUUUAUGCCGCGGCAACCGCUGAUGUCGGCUGCCGAGGCGCACCAGCUCAUGACGGAAUGGAACGACGAUCUGGAGGGAAUGGAAGCGUUGGUGUUGGAAGGGAAGAAAUUCGUGCGGCUGCCCGAGGAGGAGCUGGGACAUUUUUACAGCGCGGAUUGUUACGUGUUCCUGUGCCGGUGCUGGAUGCCGUUAGACAUAGCGGAGAACGAAGAUGGCGACGAACAAUACGAGGACGAUUAUCAAUGUACGGUGUACUUCUGGCAAGGUAGAGACGCAGGGAACAUGGGAUGGCUGACUUUUACGUUCAGCCUGCAGAAGAAGUUUAAGUCGUUGUUUGGCGAAAAUCUGGAAGUCGUGAGAACGCAUCAGCAGCAGGAGAAUUUGAAAUUCAUGAGCUACUUCAAACGAAAGUUCAUCAUUCACCAAGGCAAGCGUAAGCAGCCGAAGGUCGCCGGCAGCAACAAAGUGGAGUUUUAUCAUCUACGAAGUAACGGCAGCGCCUUGUGUACUCGUCUUAUUCAGAUACCGGCGGACUCGACCUUAUUGAAUUCUGCUUUCUGUUACCUCUUAAAUGUGCCAUUCAACAAUGACGACGGUACUGGCAUUGUGUACGCGUGGAUCGGCUCGAAAUCUGAUCCCGAGGACGCGCGUUUGGUUUCGGAAGUUGCGGAAGAGAUGUUUAACACCCCAUGGAUAAGCUUGCAAGUGCUGAAUGAAGGCGAGGAGCCCGAUAAUUUCUUCUGGGUGGCACUUGGAGGGAAAAAGCCAUACGACAUCGACGCGGAAUACAUGAAUUACACGAGACUAUUCAGAUGUUCCAAUGAGAAGGGAUACUUCACGAUCAGCGAGAAAUGCACCGAUUUCUGCCAGGACGAUUUAGCAGACGACGAUAUCAUGAUCCUUGAUAAUGGAGAGCAGGUGUUCCUCUGGUUAGGCACUCGUUGCUCCGAGGUGGAGAUCAAAUUGGCCUAUAAAUCAGCUCAGGUGUAUAUCCAACACUUGCGCGUGAAGCAACCCGAGAAGCCUCGUAAGUUAUUCUUGACUGCUAAAGGUAAGGAAUCUAGGAGAUUCACAAAAUGCUUUCACGGUUGGGGUUCACACAAGAGGCCGCCGCAGUAGAAACGAGUCAGUUGUCACAUAUACGCUUAUUAUAUGUACGAGAAGUAGUUUUACACGCAGACAGGACAAACGCAACAUUCUUACCGUAGGUUUGUAACGUGUCACGAUCUUGUUUAUCUCUCUCUUUGUUACUCAUGCUUUACAUAUCGGAAGAAGUCAAUCCGCCGCAAUAAUCUCUGUGAAUCGUUGUGCAUUUUUGAGAAACGUUUUUUACAAUCACAGACGUGAAGAUACAGACUGAAAAAACGCUCUCACAUGACUAAACGACACAUCGAGAGGCAAAUUCUCAUUGUUUCUGAGAUAAUUUAAAAACUUCUCAUAUUUUUUACGUUAACGAGAGAUUUCCGCACUUCUUUAAUUAUACAAUUAAGGCAUGAAAUAUCUUGAGAUAUCCAAUAUUCUUUAAAAGUUAAUUUUGACUCUGUGUCGUUAAUAUCCGGCUGUCGGGACGUUUACCGUAAUGUCGACUUCAUUGUUCCUACGAAAGCGUACAGUUCAUGUGUCUUCAAGUCUACAGACCCAUUCAAAGAGGCGAUAAUUGCUCAGCAAAUAACGAUAUAUUUAAUACAUAGAGCCUCUUCGUGAUUUCUUUUUGUUCUUGGCUUACUAAGUAAUUCUUCGCGGAGGGUACUCUUUUGAGCAUUUGUUACCACGCAUUAGGGCUUCCACGAGUAUUCGAAUAUCUGAUAUUAUCCGGAUAUCCCGAUAAUCGGUUCCAACCAGGAAAUUCAAAACCGCACUGUUCGGGUGAUCCGGAUAAUCCAAGCUAUGCGGAUUUGAUUAAGUCAGAUUAAGUCACUGAAUUGAUGCUGAAAAAUAUUGAUUUAAUGACUGUCAAAUCUUCGAAAGGGAUCUGGUUUAUCGCGAAUCUGUCCGGCAUCCGAAUCCGGGUCCGACGUUUCGACUGUUAGGGACUGUCUUGGGGAACCUGAAUCUCCGGAUAGCCCGAAUUUCAAGUGUCAGUCGGACAUCCAGACAGUGUUUUCGAAUGAACCUUGAAGUUCUAUCACGUAUCAGUCUGUUCAAUACACAUCGUGCUUGUGUUGAUUUUAGACAAAUAUCCAACGAGAUUUUCUGUGAUGCGUUUCUUUUUUUUUUCUACUAUACUUUCAAGUCACGCGAUACUAAAAAAAAGGAGACUUGUUUGCUUGAUAAUUGUAAUUCUUGUCCUGCGUAUUCAACGAGACUUAUUUAUUUAUGCACACGCUUUCGUAUUUAUGAAUUUUCGUACCGACUAGACUUGCGUACUUGUUUUUACCUCUUGCAUCUUGGCGAAGAUUUUUCGAAUAAUAUGCAACUGUACAUUUUUAAAUCGUUCGAUAAAUUGUGAUAACAAAUUUUUACCAUGGAAUUGUAAUAUUAAUGAUAGUUUUCUUCUGAAAGUGUCGGUUUUCCGUGUAAGGGAGACACAUCUAUUUGUAUAGUUCCGAAAGAAUUAAAAUAGACCUUUAUGUUUC